UGAUUCCAAUAAGCGGUUAUACGCAAGAGAGGAGUAAAUAAAUCACCGUUAAAGCCGCCGGUGUUUUCCAUUUGUCAAAAUCUCGGUGGAAAUUUGAACAUUUAGCGCGUUUCUGUGAACCGGGAACGAGCAUGCGCAGUAGGCAGCGGCAGGCCUAUGCGGAUAUAAGGAUUGGCGCCGGCGCCACAGCUGAUGCAUUCAUUCAUUGACCACAGAGGAGCGGAGCCAUAAAUACAGUUGACACAAUGUCCAGACGCAGCGGCCGCAUCACUUUGCAAGCCAGAGAUUCAAACACACUUGAGCCGACCGUCAGAGCCCCGCUGAGGAAAAGAAAAUCAGAGCCCUCCAAGAAAAAACUACAACCUGCUGCCAAGAAACAAAGCUAUGAAAUACAGAAGUGUUGGUCAGAAGACGGAGCGAGUCCGUGCAUUCUCAUCGAAACUCCCCACAAAGAGCUGGAGCCUGCAGAUCCGUCCAGCUUCAAGCAGUACAGAUUCAAGAACCUCUUCAUCAAGGCCUCUCCUAUUCCCCGCCUCAGCUGGGCCAGCUCAGACGAUGUGUGGAUCAAAAUGCUCAACAAGGAGCUGAAGUAUGUUCACGACAAGAGCUACAUGCAGCGACAUCCCAAACUGCAGCCCAAGAUGAGAGCGAUUCUGCUGGACUGGCUGCUCGAGGUGUGUGAGGUGUACUCCCUCCACCGGCAGACGGCCUACCUCGCUCAGGACUUCUUCGACCGCUUCAUGCUGACUCAGGAGAAUGUCAACAAAGACUACCUGCAGCUCAUCGGCAUCACCGCGCUCUUCAUCGCCUCCAAGAUAGAGGAAAUCUACCCUCCUAAAAUCGUAGACUUCGCCUACGUCACAGACGGAGCCUGUGACAUUUGUGACAUCCAGCGCACAGAGCUUCACCUACUGAAGGCAUUAAACUGGGAACUGUGUCCGGAGACGCCCAUCUCCUGGUUGAAGCUGUACGCUCAGGUGGAAGCUCAGACGGACGGAGAGAACUUCCUGGUGCCGCAGUUCUCCCAGGAAACGUACAUCCGGAUCACACAGCUGUUGGACCUGUGUAUGCUGGAUAUCAACUCGUUGGACUACAGCUACAGUGUUCUGGCUGCAGCUGCAUUCUGCCACUUCUCUACGUUUGAUGUCGUUCAUAAAGUCUCAGGCCUGACAUGGGACGGCGUGGCUCCUUGUGUUCGGUGGAUGAGUCCGUUCAUGGACGUGCUGCGGUCUGAACCCACUCCUCAACUCAAGAACUUCUCCAAAGUCAAACCCGACGCCCGACACAACAUCCAGACACACGUGGCUUAUCUGGAUCUGCUGAGAAAAUCUCAGGACUGUCGGCUCGACAACCUCGAAUGUCAGCUGUCGCCCGUUGCCAUGGGAGCUACCCUGACUCCGCCCAGCAGCGCAGAGAAACCAGCCAAUCACUGAGCAGGACACAGAUCAGCGAGGACAUGCUACCUCUACCCACCGUCUGACCUGAAGUGACCUCUCUGACCACAUCAGCUCCUCA